AAUAGGGUAUUCAAAGUAGGAGUUGUCGACACGUCACACCAAAACACCAUCAUAUGUAUUUUCUAAAAUCAUAUCACUAACAGCUUACAUUAUUAUUAUAUUUCCAACUGAUAUCUUCCACAAAUUGAUCAUGGACAAAAAUACAGGUUCGGUUUUGGCUACAGAGAGGUAUGGCAGUACACAGGCUUGGAAAUAUUUAGUGAAUAAUGGAGUGUUGGAGAGGAAGAGGGAUGGGAGUGAGACUCAAUCAAGAGACAAUCCGGUGGUUGGAUUCUUUAAAAGCGUCUUUCUGCCUCAAGGCUACCCAGAGAGUGUCAGCAGUGAUUACCUGCAAUACCAAUUCUGGGAUACUCUUCAGGCUUUUUCUAGUUCCCUGUCGGGCACUCUGGCCACUCAGGCUUCACUCAAAGGAGUUGGAGUUGGAAACCAGGAGGCGACUGUAGCUGCAGCCACAGUUACUUGGUUAUUAAGAGAUGGAACUGGUAUGCUGGGAAGAAUCCUCUUUGCCUGGAGAAAAGGGAGUAAACUGGACUCUGAGGCAAAAAAGUGGAGGCUUUUUGCAGAUGUUCUCAACGACAUUGCGAUGUUCAUGGAAAUCUUGGCCCCUCACUUUCCAGCCUGCUUCACUUUAAUCGUUUGCACUGCAGGGAUAUUCAAGUCAAUAGUUGGAGUUGCUGGUGGUGCAACCAGGGCUGCACUUACUGUUCAUCAGGCGCGCAGGGAUAACAUGGCGGAUAUAUCAGCCAAAGAUGGCAGUCAGGAGACUUUAGUGAAUCUUGCUGGGCUCCUGGUUAGCCUACUACUGAUACCUCUGGUCACUGAUAAUCCGGUCUUGACUCUCAUCCUGUUCUUCCUCUUUACCAUCCUUCAUCUCUUUGCCAACUACAAAGCUGUGUGUUCAGUGGUCAUGGAAACGUUCAACGAGGCCCGUCUUUCCAUUGUGUUGCAGCAAUACCUGAAGGACAGGCAGAUCCUGAGUCCACUUGAGGCGAAUCAGAGAGAACCCGUAUUCCUAGAAUUUGGAAAAACUGCACCAAUUAAACUUGGUGUGAGGUUACAGGACGCUGUACGGAGCCCAGAGGAGCUGAAUUUGGCUUUAAAGGAAAACAACAUGCCUUUCCUGCUGGGAGUUAGAAAUGGUUGUGUUUGUGUUUGUUUGGGGGCAGAAGCAUCGGUCCAUAAUGAAAUCAGAGCAGUAUGCCAGGCUGUGUGUAUCAGCAACACCUUAACUUGUCCAACAGCUGCAGUAACAACAUCUACAAAACCAAAGGAGCAAAGUUUGUGGGAAAUAGUGCUUGACAGUCACAAGCUGAUGGAUGCCCAUUUCUCUCCAUUUCUCAAAGGUGUUAAAGCUGCCGGAUGGGACACAAAAAGGACUUUGUUGGACUGGGAUGAGUGGAGAGUUGAGUGGAAAACAAAAACCACCUGAGCUGCUUUAUUGUUUCAUUUUUAACUGCAGCGUUUCUAUUUCAGUUUAAUGAGCAGCUGUAUUUCUCUGUGUUUUAUCAUUCUUUCAAAAUAAAAGAAGGAAUUGAUUUGAGGCAGUGUUGGAGAAGUAAAUAU